AUGUCUAACACAUCUAGACUCUGCAACGUCGAGACUGUCCAAAUUUGGCGACUCGGGAAAGAGCCCCAACGGCCUUAUUCCCUUCAUUGGGCUCUCUACGUCGAAACCAGCCCUGGUAUAGGUAACACCUAUCAGAUCAUGGGGACCUCCGACAACUAUGCCAUCGAUAUCAGACGCAACCGGCCUCUCGAAAAUGACUGGAGCAAAAGGAUUAUCAUGGGAACAGUCACCUUGGAGGAGAUUGACGAAAUGGAGAGAAUCCUCACAACAGUCGAUAUCAUGCACAAUGUCCCUAAUUGGAACGGCAAUGAUUGGUUCAUGUCUGCUCUGGUCUCUCUCUCGCGAUCGGAGCUGACAGGCAUGAUGCCGAAAGCCAGGUUGGCCUGGGAGCGAUAUUGUGGUGGAAUUUGUGGGUGGCAAAUGUGCAUGUGUAGUGACCACCCGCCCAGGGCGCGUUAA